AUGUUAAUUAAAAAUCUAUUCAAUCAUUUUAAACACAGAUUCUCACAAUAUAUUGGACAAAUGGAUGGACUUUUUGUAUUCUAUGGCGGAAAUAAAUUAAUAUAAAAUUCAUCUACAAAACAGUUAAAAGAACUUUAUUUAUAGGGGAAGGAUAAUGAUGGCUGGCUUUACCUUUAAGUGAGGAUAUAAGAAAAUUUAGGUUGA